GCGUUUCUGGAGUUCAGCUUUCCGCUUUUCCUGAAUCUUAUCAUCAAGUUCGUGGAGCAAGACGAUGCGCCCGUUUGGCAAGGUCUUCUCCUGUGUCUGGCCAUGUUCUCCACCGAGGGCCUCUGCGGACUUGUUGAUGCUGCUGCGUCGAUUGGCUUGCAGACUGCCGGUCUCCGCAUUCGGGCAUCCUUGGUGUCUGCAAUUUUUCGGAAAGUUGUACUGCUGCGGCAAGACGCUAUGCUCAGCUUCUCCACAGGCAAGUUGAACAACAUGAUUACAACAGACGUGGACAAAGCAAAACGCGCCCUGCGCUCUCUCCAUGUGCUGUUGCUCACAGCACCAAUGAAGAUCUUCAUUGCCCUGUGGUCUCUGCACAGCUUAGUUGGCCCCUCCGUCUUCAUUGGACUGAGCUGGAUGGGUGUGGUGAUUCUGUUAAAUCCGGCCAUGAUGUACAUCAUGAACCGGUUGGAGGAUGCACAACAGGCGACGACGGACGAGCGAGUGCGCAAGGUCACAGAGGUUAUUUCCUCCAUCAACGUCAUCAAGUGCUAUGGCUGGGAGGAGCCCGCCACCGCCAAGGUGGAAGUGGCGCGACGCAAGGAGCUGUCAGCCUUGUGGAGGCUCUACUGCCUCUACACGGUCUUCGAAGGGAUGUGGUCCAGCGUAGUCCCUUGCUGCACUGCCUUGAUGUUUGCUUCCUACUCCUGGCUGAAUCCAGACAAGCCCCUCACUCCGUCGCAAGCUUUCACCGCCAUGAGCCUCCUGAGCAUGGUCCAGGAUCCGCUCUUCACCAUUCCCUGGGUGCUGAACCUCCUCGUUGAGGCCUUCGUUGCAGCCAAGCGCAUUGAAGGGCUCUUCUGGCUGAGCGAGUCUUCUCUGCCAGCAAUCUCGGCUUUGGGGAGCUUCCUCCCAGUGCAGGAGGAGCGGCGUCAGCCUUCGGUGGCCAGCAUGGUCCCUCCUCUGAAGCUGGACACCGGAUCCGCCAUUCGCCUCGACCACGCCUCCUUCGUCUGGAAGGAUCAGGAGCCUCGAGAACGCAGUCAGCCGACUUCCUUGGAGGAGGGAGAACAGCGAGGUGACUUUCAACUCCACGAUCUGACCCUGCACGUUCAGAAGGGCUCACUUGUUGCCGUGGUGGGCCCGACGGGCUCAGGAAAGUCGUCUUUUCUGCAGGCGCUGCUGGGUGAGAUGCUAAAGAAGGACGGAUCUGGCAAAGUCGAGGUGUCCCGGGCCAAGCCAAUCGCCUUCGUUCCACAGCAGCCGUGGGUCUUUAACGCCACGAUUCGACAAAACAUCCUCUUUGGGGAGCCAUACUCCGAGAACCUCUACAGAGAAUGCCUCCGAAGCAGCGACUUGGAGCAGGACCUGAGAAACCUUCAGGCUGGCGACCAGACCAGGGUUGGAGAGAAAGGCAUCGCCCUCAGCGGGGGACAGAAAGCUCGCAUCUGCCUCGCGCGUGCGGCUUACAGGAUGCGCGACAGCAGCAUCUAUCUUUUGGAUGAUCCUUACAGUGCAUUGGACUCGCGGGUUGCGUGGAGAUGCCACGAGGAGAUGGUUGCAGGCCAGCUGUCUCGGAAGACCCGCAUCGUGGCGAUGAAUAGGCUGGAGUUCUUGAGCUCCUGUGAUCAAGUGGUCGUCAUGUCCAAUGGGCAGAUCGAGGCCGCGGGACGCUACCAAGAGGUGGUCAGGAGCAGCUCCGUUCUUCAGGCGCUGCUUACGUCCCAGGGCCUAGCUGAGAGCGCGCGCGCACAGACGCAGAUGGCGAUGGAGCCCUCGAAUUUCUCCCGUGCCGUCAGCGCCGGCUCCGCUGGCUCUGCAGCUGACGGACAGAGGGAGGAGGACGAUGAGGACGACGAGGAAGCAGAAGGCUUGGAGGAGGAAGAGAGAGCCACCGGUCAGGUCCAGACAGAAGUUUUCAAGUACUACUUUCGGGCAAUGGGGGGCUGGUGCCCCGUGUCCUUCCUCGCCGCGCUGUACUUAGGCUCGGAGCUAGUGACUCUCAGCCUGCCCGUGUGGCUCGCUGUGUGGACGGCCGCCUCCACGAAGACCAGUGAGGUAUCCCUGGACCAGACGCGGCUUGGCACAGAGCUGCCCUGCUGUUUUCGCUCCUGA